AUUCUUCCAGGUCAGCUCGCUAACCGGGUCCCUGACGCUGUGCCUGGUGCGGUGCUUCCUGCGGUCGCAGUUCCCUCGCAAGUCGCGGUUCCGCUCCUACCCUCCAAUUCGGCUCCUGCCGGUGAGUAUUCCGCUUUUGCCGGAUCAGAAUCAGGGGGCGCUGGCGCACGCGAGUCGCAAGAAUGGGGUUCGGUGCUCCAAGCGAUAAGGAAUGCUCUUGUAACUCUUGAGCGGGAAUCUCGCCCUGGGGCUCCCCCCCCAACGGCCGUGGAUAGCCAGCUUCGGGCGGGCUGGGCUAGUUCCGCAGGAUGUGAGGUUGCGGGGGUUGCGGCAGCGUUACCCGACGCUUCUACGCAGGUCACCAUCCCUCUGGCUGCGGCGCCUCCGCUAGUAGCAUCUGAGUCUUCAGCGAGUCCUACGGGGGUCACCGCGGUUGUCUCGGGUUUAGGGGUAGCACCCGCUGCGCAUGGGGCAGCGUACAUGUCCUGGUCAGGCCCUCUGGGCCUCCAUCUGACGCCUGAUUUGAGGGCUAAAAUAGAAAAAGGAGAAUUUGUUGAAAUUUUUUCCCUCCUCCCUUUGGAAGAUCUUCCUCGGGUGGAUGCAGAUGCAAAAGAGUCUGAAAAAGACAAAGAGAAGUUUCGGUAUCGGAAGAUUCCGAAAACGUUUGGUAACUGGAUUAGGGCCUUUUCUAUCCUAGCUAGCGUGAUAGGUGAAAAGACUCCCAGUAAAUGCUCUUCCCUAUUUUGCUACCAGGACAUGAUAUGGAAUGCCUGUCGGGUUUAUGGCGGGCUAGGGUGGUGGCGGUAUGAUGAACAGUUCCGCCAACGUUUGGCGGUUCGCCCUCACACGAGUUGGGUUCAAAUGGAUAUCGGCUUGUGGUUGGCCAUCAUGACCCGCCCAGCUUCGCAUCAAGGGGGCCUUUCGUCCUUUCUUGGGGGGGGCGGCGCUGGGUCCUCAUCUUCAGCGUCGGCCACUCAGCGGAGGACUGGGUACUGUUGGCAAUAUAACGACGGCCAAUGUAAGUUCGGUUCCGCCUGCCGCUUCAAGCAUGAAUGUUCCGGGUGCGGCAGUUCCCACCCAGCAUCGAAAUGCUUCAAGCGAGGUAGGACCGGCGACAAAGGAGAUGCCAUGGGCGCUAAGGGCGAGGACGCCGGUGGACGUAGACGCGAUGCGCCCUUGGCUAAAGCGUUAUAGCAAUAAGAAGGUGGCUGCCUUGUUAUUGGAGGGUUUUGGACAAGGGUUUUGGAUCCCUCACCGGGCCCGGCAGGUCUCCGGCUUCUGCCGGAACCUGAGAUCAGUUGCCGAUCACCCGGGGGUGGUAAGGGAAAAAUUGGCUAAGGAGGUAGCGUUGGGUCGCAUGGCGGGCCCCUUUCGAGAGCCUCCACUACUUGAUUUGAGGGUUUCACCACUGGGUGUGGUACCCAAAAGGGAACCAGGCAAGUUUAGGCUGAUUCACCAUUUAUCGCAUCCACAAGGGGGCUCGGUGAAUGAUGACAUUGCCGCUGAAUUGUGCCGCGUUUCCUACGCGUCCUUUGACGCGGCGGUGGAUAUGGUCAGGGCUGCUGGCCCCGGGGCACUUAUGGCAAAAACUGACAUUGAGUCGGCUUUUCGCCUCCUACCGGUUCACUCGGAGUGCCACCACCUCCUGGGUUGUAUAUUCGAAGGUCAUUAUUACGUGGACAUGUGCCUCCCGAUGGGUUGUGCGAUAUCCUGUUUUUACUUCGAAUGUUUUAGUUCCUUCAUGGAAUGGGUAGUUAGAGCGGAAUCCGGUUACGAUUCCUUGCUUCACUACCUGGAUGACUUUUUCUGUGUUGGCCCUGCGCGCUCCCCGAUAUGAGCGCACCUCCUGCAAGCAGUAGCGGAUGUUGCUUGCGAGUUCGGAGUGCCGCUGGCACCAGAAAAAACAAUUGGCCCUUCUACGUGCCUGUGCUUUCUCGGGAUCGAGAUUGAUUCCGUUGUUGGUGAAUGUCGGCUUCCAUUGGAUAAAUUGGCUGAUCUUCGGGAGGUGGUGCGAGUGGCGACCACUUUGCGGAAAAUUACGUUGCAGCGACUUCAAUCCCUAUUGGGCAAAUUGAACUUUGCCUGUCGGAUUAUGCCGAUGGGCAGGGUGUUCAACCGGCGCCUGGCGGCCGCUAGGGCUGGUAUUUUGAAACCGUCUCACUUCGUCCGCUUGACCAAGGCGCUCAGGGAGGACUUGGCAGUAUGGGCAGUCUUUUUGGAUGGGUACAACGGCAGGUCCUACUGGCAGCAGCCCGAGGUGACGAACUCGGUGCUGCACCUGUUUACGGAUGCCGCGGGGUCUUCGGGGCUAUUAUGGGAAGGCAAUGGUGUGCGGAGCCUUGGCCCGAAUCGUGGUUCACCUCUGGCCUGACCAAGAACAUGGCUUUCUUGGAACUCUUCCCCAUUGUGGUGGCUAUCCAUCUUUGGGGGCCAGAGAUCAAGAACAGGCGUGUUGUGUUCCACUGUGACAACCUGGGCGUUGUCCAGGCCAUUAAUAGGCUAACGGCCUCCUCCCCUCCUGUAGUUCGGCUCUUGCGGCGCUUAGUUUUACAAUGUCUGUCUUUUAAUGUGACUUGCCGCGCUGUGCAUAUCCCUGGUGUGGAGAAUACCACGGCUGAUGCUCUUUCUCGUUUCCACUGGCAGGUGUUUCGUUUGGCCGCGCCGGAAGCGGACACGGAAGGCCUCCCCUGUCCCAGAGACUUAUGGUCCCUUGGCCUGAGCGGAUAAGGGAAUGGAUUCGGUCUUCGGUGUCUGAGGCAACUUGGGUUCGGUACGGUAAGGCAUGGGGGGACUGGGUUGCUUUGGAACAAGACCUAGGUGGGUUUGAUUCGACCUCUGCAAGGGUUCAGGGGAUCUGAACGGUUGCUCUGGUUCUGGGAGGCUAGCGGGUGUUCUCCGGCUACGGUUUCAGGGAAGCUAUCCGGUCUUAGUUUCUGGUUCAACUUGACUAAGGUGCCUGACGUUACCAAGGACUGCAUGGUUCGACUUGCGAUGCGCGGCUGGCGCAAGGGCCCACACCUGCGGGAUUCUCGGAGGCCGGUUUCUGGCACUCUGCUAGUAGGCAUUGCGUCGGUCUUACCCAGGGUUUGUUUUUCAGAUUCGGAGUCACGUUUGUUCCAGUUGGCUUUUACUUUCGCCUUUUUCGGCGCCCUUCGAAUCGGUGAGCUUGUGAGCCCUAGCAAACGGAUCCCGGGGGGCUUGUUGUUCAACGAUGUGUCUGUGGUGUCGGAUUCAGUGCGUUUUUGGUACGAAGGUCCAAAACCGACAUCUUCGGCAAAGGGGCAUGGGUUACCCUCCGCACUAUUCCGGGUUCGGCUGUCUGCCCUGUCGCAUCUUUUCAGUCUUAUUGUCUUGGUCGCCCGGACGUUGAGGGCCCUCUACUAAUUCAUGGGGACGGUUCCUUCCUUUCUCGGUUCCAAUUUCUUCGGGUCUUUCGGUUGGCACUCGACCAACUGGGUAUUUCGAGUACAGACUUUGGGGGACAUUCUUUUCGAAUUGGGGCCGCAACUGAAGCCUCCCGUUUAGGUUUUUUGGACCAGGCCAUUCAGAGGAUUGGCAGAUGGGAAUCGGGGAGGUUUCGGUCUUAUGUACGGCCCACACGUCUGAUCGGUGUCCCCCUUGUGUUUUCUCCACAGGGCCUGGCCGACGGAUCUGGUUGAUCGGUCAUUCGUACAUCUACUGGGCUCACCUGCGGGCUGGGGUACGCCCGGGUGGGACACUGCUCGGAAUACCUCGGGAGCUGGCGGAGGUCCGGUGGUUCGGGUUCCGGGGCAUGAGAUGGGGUCAGCUAUUACCGGAGGUCGUGCAGUUAUCCACUUUAUUAGGAGCCCCGGACAUCUUGGUGGUGCAUCUGGGGGGGAACGAUCUGGGGUCCCUGCCUGCGUGGGGGCUGGGGGAACUCAUCAGGCGAGAUUUGGCGCGCUUGCGUGUGCUUUUUCCACGACUUUGUUUAAUAUGGUCAGAUAUCGUUUCUAGAAACUAUUGGAAGUGCGCACGCGAUCAGGGUGCUAUUGAGCGCUGCAGGGUCAAGAUUAAUAAGCGGGUUUCCAAAUUUGUCCUAGGCGUCGGGGGCUUAACAGUGCGACACCGUAUUUUUGAGCGCGAGGCAGCAAUCUAUUUUCGCCCGGACGGGUCCAUCUAACUGACGUAGGCUUGGACUUAUUUAAUUUAGCGCUACAGGACGCGUUGGAACAGGCCAUGGCGUUGCUUGGGGGUCGCGCCCGCUGAUUUAGGCGUAAAUGCAGCUGGGGCUAGUGGCGGGUAUGGUCCUUGCUGAACCUAUUGGGAAGAGGAGUAAAGAAAAAGAAAGAUGCUGGGUCGGGUCCCUCCCCUGACCUCGAAAAUGUUUUGGGUAUUUGGGCGUGCCCUCCGUGCCAGGAAAGGUGGCCAGGGGUUGGCAUGUGGAGUUUGAAGGCCAAAGUGAAGGCCAGGUAUCUUGGACGAGGGGGGAGGGCCGAUGGCUUGGUGGGGGGUGUACCCUAGAGUUUUGGUGGUACGGUUGGCAAGGACUAGUUUGAAGAUAAGCAUACUUACACCUAAAUUAUUUAUGGUUGGUUUAUUUACAGUUGUUUGUUAAUUUAUAAAUAAAGCUGUGGCCUUUUUAUACCACAUAUACGUUUCCUAGUUUGAUUGGGGGGGGGAAUUGAGCGAUUUUGGGGAUUGUUAUGGUUCACACCACACGAUAACCGCUACCUACACACAAGGCCCAGAGGAGGCGGGCUGAAAGCUAGCCGGAUAGGAGGCAUGUGUGGGUGUGGUGGAAGUAUGGGUGUGUGAUUUAGCUAAGGAGUAGGGUGGGGUCAUAUAAAUAGGUGACAUUUUGUCUGCUACCUCAGCCAUCUUAAAUUUAACGGCAAGGUAACUAGUCCCCUGUGCUAGCCCUUAGUUACUUUGCUUACCUCACGGCCAGGAGCAUGGAUAUUGAAGGCAUCCUUGCUGCCCUUAGGGCUGAGGCACUCCAGGACGGUGGCAGGCACCUGCAGGCCCAGCUGGCAAGGCUGCAGGGUGCCUCUGUGGUAGCUGCUCCCCCUCCCGGCAGCCACGGAGCUCCGCGCCGCCGGGCGCGUCCCCCCACCCGUUAUAGCCCCUCACAGGAGGGCCGGGUGGGGGCCAGAAGUAGGAGCCCAGCUGCCGGUCCGCGGGCCGGUUCCCACGCGGCCGCGGCCGGCGCUGACACCAGGCAUUCUCCUGCCUCCUCCCCGAGCCCCUCACAGGAAGGCUGGGUGGGGGCUGGAGGCAGGAGCACAGCUGCCGGUCCGCGGGCCGGUUCCCACGCGGCCGCGGCCGGAGCUGCCAUCAGCCAUCCUCCUGUCUCCUCCCCGAGCCCCUCGCGAGCAGGCCGGGUAGGGGCUGGAGGCAGGAGUCAGGCUGCCGGUCCGCGGGCCGGUUCCCACGCGGCCGCGGCCGGCGCAGCUAUCAGCCAUCCUCCUGUCUCCUCCCUGAGCUCCUCGCGAGAGGGCCGGGUGAGGGAUGGGAGUGGGAUCCCCAGUGCCGGCACGCGCGCCAGCUCUCAUGUGGCCGCGGCCGGCACAUCUCUGCAGCCUCUCUCCUCCUCCCCGAGGCGGUCGCGCAGUGCCCGUCUGGCGGCCGCUGCUCGGGGAGGUGACAGCCGCCCAGGACUUCUUACCAUCGGCUCGCGGGCCCUCAGAAGGGCGGCCGCGAGCUCCCGGUCGCUAAUCCAGCCCGGCCGGCGCGCCGGGUGCCUGAUGUGCGCUCUGCCCCCUCCGGAUCUCGGGCAGGGCGCGCACAGGUUGGGCCUGCAUCCACCUCUCCUUCCAGGGCGGUAAGUGGGCCGCAGGCCACCGGGGAUUUCGGGAGGGGGUUGGGGUGUUCGGGGGGUAGGGGCCCAGCGCCAGGCCCAUCUUUCAACUGUCACAGCCCCCCCCCUUCUCCUUCUCCCCCCUCUGUCUCCCCUGGGCCUGCCUUUCCUGCACUCCCACUACCCUCAUCCGUCCAGCCACUCCCACUACCCUCAUCCGUCCAGCCUCCCCACUUGUAUUCCCCCCCCUCCCUCCCACCUUUACCUAGGGCCCAUGCUAACCCCCCUGGGGCUACCUCAGGCAUGGCUAUCCCAAUCCCUGGUUCCCCUGUCCCACUCUCUGGUCCCCCUGUCCUAUCUACUAAUUUGCCAGGGUUGCCCCCCCCUACUGCGCAUCUUCCAGCACCUGGGACGGGUGGGUCGGGUUUUUUCUCACCUGUCCUGUCUUCGCAGAUUCUUCCAGGUCAGCUCGCUAACCGGGUCCCUGACGCUGUGUCUGGUGCGGUGCUUCCUGCGGUCGCAGUUCCCUCGCAAGUCGCGGUUCCGCUCCUACCCUCCAAUUCGGCUCCUGCCGGUGAGUAUUCCGCUUUUGCCGGAUCAGAAUCAGGGGGCGCUGGCGCACGCGAGUCGCAAGAAUGGGGUUCGGUGCUCCAAGCGAUAA